GUUACUUCUGAAGAAGAGCUAUAUAACUCGGUGGGUCUUACCUGGUAAAAUAUUUGUUUUAUAGAUAUAGUUUUAAUUUUUUAUUGUUUUUGACAUGUGGCCAUGUCAGAAUAUGACUUUGAAAAGGACAUUCAGACCCUCAACGUUGAGAAAAGGAGAAAGAGGGAGAGCCAGUACGAGACACGGUAAGAAGUUGUCAUGGAAGACACGAGGCGUUACCGUGGAGAUGGCGUAGAAUUGAGGGGGGGGCGGUGGACUCAGAAAGGGGACCCCACCUCGUGGCACAAACGCCCAGAAGAACAAUUCCCCAUAAUGACCAAUUUGUAACAAAUUAAUACCGUACCGUGAAAUGCGUUGUUGUACAUACAUGCUGAUGUUUGUUGAAGUUAUGCAAAUAAUGUGGCUUGGGGCAUGUAUGUGAUAAGAUAAUAUUAGCUUCGAGAAUUAUACCCUUUGUGUGUUGUUUGUAUCGUGUGUUCAAAUAGGAAUACAAUGCCCUCGGCUUCAGCAGUGCCAAAGCCGGAGGAGGCCUCCAACGAUGGGAAGGAGGAGGAGACGCCGGGCCUGAAAGACAACAGUACCGGCGUGGGCAUGAAAAAUCAGGAUAACAGCUUGCUGAUGGUGCCCCCGAUGAUUGCGUUGGAAACUGUUGCGGACUCUAUCCAGGAAAGUGACAAGGACAAGGAUAUCCACCGCACCUUCUACACAGGCCUGCAAGUUUUAAAUAACUUUGUGAGUGAUGUAAUGGACAUCCCAAAGGGAGGCCCUUACAUGCGGGAUGGAAAGAGGCGGGUUGACUUCGUGUUGGCGUACCACUUCAAGAGGCACAGAUCAUUUCCUGGGAGCCCAACAAGUGAAGAAAACACUGCAACAACUUUGGAAGUCAUCACUGCUCCAGCUGAGAAGUUGGAAACUGAAGACGAGUUGACCAAACGCACACGUUCCAGAAAGACGUCCGUGUUGGAGGAGGGCAGGGAGACGGGACUCAGCAGCCACCACCUUCUGGAGAAAGAGCAGAUGAUUUGCCGGGAGGAAUUUGAGCAAAACUUAAUGGAUGCCAGACUUGAACUGGAAUGGGAUGAGGAAGUAAGUGUUUUCGUUUACACGAAUAUAUUGAAGCAUUGACGGUGGUUGAUGAUGUGUGCCAAACUUGCUGAACCAAAAUUAUCGUUGCUCCUGCCAGUUGUGAGGCUACCACGUUAUAUCCUCUGUAUCACAGGUGUGCAAUUUUAUGCAUAGACAAAGACCCCCCCGUAUAGCCUGUAACAGACUGUUGGGACAA